CAACACUGAAGUACAGUGUGUCAAAUCGUAGAGUUUGCACUUAACCACCGUGGAGUCUGGACUCUGGACUCUAGACUCUGGACCCCUCCGUCAACUUUAACAACAAACUUCAAUGGAAUAUUAGAACUUCAAUUUUCAGCAAAUCUUGUCUACCUUGGGAGAUUAACCAAUAAUUCAUUCUCAAUCAUCAAAAUUGUAGAUUAAGGAUGUUUUAUGCACUCAUUCGUCAAGUCUGAUGAGUCGUUUCUAGGCAUCCAGGCAGCUACUCCAUAUCGUACAUAACUAUCUCGUAUCUCAUCUACGGCGUAAAUAACAACAGUAACAUCCUUGCUCAGCUUCGAUCAUAGUACCCGCUCUCUACCCUGCCUUAUGUGAGUCAACCUCGGAAUAGCAUCCGAAUUAAUGGAUAGUUAAUCCCCCCACAAUACCAGGUACGCCGUUCCUCAAUACGUCUACCAAUGGUGCUACAUACCUAGUAUUAUUGUUUCAUCAGCCUGAGCGACGAUAAAACGUAUUCUCUUAAACCGCUAUACGAUAUACUUUGGGCUUUCUGCAACAGCUCGUUUAGCUCAUCUUACUUUGACAUACCAAUAAUUCAACAUGGCAGGACCCCCUGUAUUACGUUUCCCUAUAUCGGGGAGAGAAAACGAGUACUUUUUGUUGGAAGUAUCCUCAGACGGAUCACGGCCUCUAGAUUUGAAACUCGUCGGAUCGGAAAGUACAGCCGUCUUUGUGACGAAAUUACGUCAAAGAAAGACCGCCGAGUACAAGCAUUCAAGUAACAGUUCCUCUAAGGAGGACUGGGAAGAGACCCUCGCUUCGAUCUUGGUCAAGCAGCAGCUAGCAUCCGAUAUUGAAAUUAGAGCCGAUGUCCAAUCGGCUAAGUCAAAAGUCACCCUCUCUUUCCAAAAGAAGAUAGAGGGCCUUGCACUACCACUUGGAUCCAUCACUCUUGAAGAAAGUGAGGAAACCGAAAUUUCCCCCUUUGAUUGGUGCGUCUCGGCUAUCGCAACCCGCGAGAAGGUCCAAGAAGACCUAAAUGCUGCUACCAUCAAAAUCCGAUCCCUCGAAGAAUCCCUUGGGGAGCUCAGAGAUCAAUUGGACGAGCUUGUUAAGGCAAAGGCGGAGGACGAAACCCAACUCCUUGAGAAGUUCAGGAAUCUUUUGAAUGAGAAAAAGGUUAAGAUUCGGCAGCAACAGCGUCUACUAGCUUCUGCAGAGGUGAACCCCGAAAAGCUUGCUAAAGUGGGCGGGAGCUUGGAUAAGCAGAAGCAUGUAGCUCAAGCUUCGCGUCCUUCGAAGCGGAAAGUGAAAAAAGAAGUCGAAAGCAGUGAUGAUGGGUUUGAAAAGAUGGACGUUGAUGAGAAAGAUCAGGACGACAGUAGCGUGGAGCCGGAUGCGGAGGGCCAUGGAGAUACAACACCAGAUGAUACCCCUAGCGGAACAGAUACAGACGACGACGACGAACCAGCGCCGCCAGCACAGAGCAAUGUCGAGGCACCACCACCACGACGCAAUCUACCAUUUAUGAAAAAUAAGCCUUCUGCCCCACCACCAAAGCCGGUCGACAAUGACGAAACAGAGUCGGAUGAGGAGUUGUAGACGUUUUUAGAUACCAAUACGAUAACGAGACUAUGUUUUCACGACGCAAAUACCACCUUGGUACCUAGGAGGCAGUGUAGUUGAUUAGGGCUUUUUAUUUUGAUUGACCAACCUAUUCGCUUAUAGUCUACGAAUUGAUUCACAAAAACACGGAUGUCAAGAAAGACCAUGAUAGGUACAAGAAUUAAAUUUUUUUGAUAUAUUAGAG